CCUACGUACACAGGUGAUUGCUGGUAUAGCGAAGUUCCAUCAUGUGUGACGAUGAAACCUGCGCCCUCGUGGUAGACAACGGCUCCGGCAUGGUCAAGGCCGGUUUCGCCGGAGACGACGCCCCUAGAUGCGUUUUCCCCUCCAUCGUCGGCCGCCCCCGUCACCAGGGUGUGAUGGUCGGUAUGGGUCAGAAGGACGCCUACGUCGGUGAUGAGGCCCAGAGCAAGAGAGGUAUCCUUACUCUCAAGUACCCCAUCGAACACGGUAUCAUCACCAACUGGGACGACAUGGAGAAGAUCUGGCAUCACACUUUCUACAACGAACUCCGUGUUGCUCCUGAGGAAUCUCCUGUCCUCCUCACUGAGGCUCCCCUCAACCCCAAGGCCAACCGUGAGAAGAUGACCCAGAUCAUGUUCGAGACUUUCAACACACCUGCCAUGUACGUGGCUAUCCAAGCCGUGCUGUCCCUCUACGCCUCUGGUCGUACCACUGGUAUUGUGCUUGACACUGGUGAUGGUGUGACCCACACUGUCCCCAUCUACGAAGGCUAUGCACUUCCUCAUGCUAUCCUUCGUCUCGACUUGGCUGGUCGUGAUCUCACCGCUUACCUGAUGAAGAUCCUAACAGAGAGGGGUUAUUCUUUCACUACAACGGCAGAAAGAGAAAUUGUUAGAGAUGUAAAGGAAAAAUUGUGUUACGUUGCUCUUGAUUUCGAAGGUGAAAUGGCGACAGCUGCAGCUUCCUCUUCUCUAGAGAAAUCGUACGAACUUCCCGACGGUCAAGUCAUCACCAUCGGUAACGAGAGAUUCCGUGCUCCUGAGGCUCUGUUCCAGCCCUCGCUUCUGGGCAUGGAGUCCGUCGGCAUUCAUGAAACUGUAUACAAUUCCAUCAUGAGAUGCGAUAUUGAUAUCAGGAAGGAUCUGUUUGCCAACAACGUCAUGUCUGGAGGUACCACCAUGUACCCUGGUAUCGCUGACCGCAUGCAGAAGGAAAUCACUGCCCUUGCUCCUUCCACCAUCAAGAUCAAGAUCAUUGCUCCUCCUGAGCGUAAAUACUCCGUGUGGAUCGGUGGCUCUAUCCUUUCUUCCUUAUCCACCUUCCAGGCAAUGUGGAUCACCAAGGAAGAAUUCGAUGAAUCUGGUCCAGGUAUCGUCCACCGCAAGUGCUUCUAAAGUUCUUCGAAGUGUAUGUCGUACUGGUAAUAUCUUAAAUGAGUUGUCCCACCAUGUAGAGUCAGCCAAAGAAUAGUGCUGAAGGUAACCGUUAUACGUGCAAGUGAAAAGUAAAAUGGAAUUUCCAUCAAAUAUAUGUUUGCAACAAAUGAAGCACUUGAGCAAAUGUGAAAAGUUCAUCGUUUUUUUCGACAGCAGUAUAUGGCAUUCGAGCAAAAUGUCCAGACGUUUGUGGACUUAACUCGCAUGACACUUCACUUCUUUUGCAGUAAGGAAUGUAAUACACGUGUAAACGGAUGCAUACUUCUCCACUGUUAGGGCGACUGUUACCAGUUAUUUAUUAAUGUAUCUCUUAAACUAUAAUUGUUUGUCCUGAAAGUAAAAAAAGAAAAAAAGAAUUGUUGAUAAAAUA